AGGUCUCGGUUAAGCUAAAGAAACGGUGAUGCUCACUCAGACGCUUCAGCUCUCCAAACAGCUGGCACGGUGCAGCAGACAUUUUCUGCUCAAGUCUUCCUCUCAAGAGUUCUGGUUGGUUAGACGAUCAGGCUGGAGGGAGGCCUGGGGUCCAGUCUGCUGAGGAGGAUUUCUUCCAGGAAGUCUCAUCAGCGAAACAAUAGUCCUCAACACAGAGAGGCCAAUGAAAUGGGGGGAAGCGGAGAUGACAGCGGCCCAGGCAGGCUGAGCCGCAGACUGUCUCGCCUGGGCAGCAGGCAUCAGUCCAGGGAUCAACCGAGACCUCCAGCUCAGCCAGAGAGACCUCUUGCUCCAGCUGACAGACCUGUUCAGCAAGAUGACAGGCCUUCUCCACCAGCCCCUGCUCCACCUCCUGCUCCAGCUCCAGCGGCGGCUCCUGCUCCUCUCGUCCCACCCAUGGAGAUACCACCUAAACGCCCAGACAAAGCAACAAAGCCCAAACUUCCCCCACGGCCGCUGUCCAAAGUGUUCAGUAGCACUGAGCAUGGAGCAGCUGUGUUGCAGGGCUUUGAUACCUUUCGGGCAGAUGAGACUCUCUGUGAUGUUGUCUUGGUUCCAGGGGACAGCAAGGAAACUUUCCCAGUCCACAGAGUUAUCAUGGCUUCAUCCAGUGACUAUUUCAAGGCAAUGUUCACAGGAGGCAUGAGGGAGCAAGAGAUGAGAGAGAUCAAGCUGCAUGGGGUCACUAAGUCGGGCUUAAAGAACAUUAUAGACUUCAUUUACACAUCCAAAGUCAGCCUCGACAUGGGUAAUCUCCAGGACACACUGGAGGCUGCAAACUUCUUGCAGGUCAUGCCUGUGCUGAGCUUCUGUAAUCAGCUUCUGAGCAGCGAGAUUACUAUUGAUAACUGUGUGGAAGUCGAGCGCAUCGCAACAGACUUGCUUCUGGAGGACGUUCAACAGAAUAUAGGUGAGUUUGUGAGUCAGAAUCUCUCAGCUUUGGUGGAGUGUGGUCGUUACCUCCAGCUCUCUGAGACCAGCAUGGCCAACGCUCUGGCCAGCAACACACUGAAAGGUUUCUCUGAACUGGAGCUCUACCACAUCGCCAGAGGAUGGCUGGACCAUGAUCCCCCUACACGUCGCUCAUCUGUCUACGCCUUAAUGCGCCAUAUUCGCUUCCCGCUGAUGAGCCCCAGUGAGCUGAUUCAGAUCUCCCAGGAUGAUGAAGAAGGAGGCGACUCCAUGAUGCGCUCUGAGACGGCCUGCGUCAACCUCCUGCUGGAGGCCAGCAACUACCAGAUGAUGCCCUUUAUGCAGCCCGCUAUGCAAACUGAGCGGACACAAAUACGCUCAAACUCCACUCACAUUCUGGCACUGGGCGGUGUGAUGCGGCAGCAGCUGGUGGUGAGCCGGGAGCUGAGGCUGUAUGACGAAAACACUGGCCACUGGAGGGCCCUGAAGCCGAUGGAGGCACCACGCUACCAGCAUGGUGUGGCUCUUUUAGGCGGCUUCCUCUUCAUUGUUGGAGGCCAGAGCACAUAUGACACCAAGGGUAAGACGGCCAUAGACAGCGCCUACCGCUAUGACCCACGUUUUGACAAGUGGCUUCAGAUUGCUUCACUCAACGAGAAGAGGACCUUCUUCCACCUCAGUGCUCUGAAGGGGAAACUGUUUGCAGUGGGAGGACGUAAUGCCUCAGGAGAGAUUGACACGGUGGAGUGUUACAACCUUAAGAAAAAUGAGUGGACUUUUGUGACCAGUAUGGUGGAGCCUCACUAUGGACAUGCUGGGACAGUUCACGGGGACCUCAUGUACAUCUCAGGUGGCAUCACCCGUGACACCUUCCAGAAGGAGCUUUGGUGUUAUGAUCCUGCAGCCGACACAUGGAGUCGACGUGCCGACAUGACAGAGCUCCGCGGCCUGCACUGCAUGUGCACUGUUGGAGAUAGACUCUAUGUCAUGGGUGGGAAUCACUUCAGAGGCAGCAGUGACUACGACGACGUCCUGGGCUGUGAAUACUACAGCCCCGACACAGACCAGUGGACGGUGGUGGCGCCCAUGCCUCGGGGCCAGAGUGACGUGGGUGUGACUGUGUUUAACGGGCAGAUCUACGUUGUGGGAGGUUACUCCUGGAACAGCAGAUGCAUGGUUGACAUUGUGCAGCGGUAUGAUCCAGAGCAGGAUGUAUGGGACAGAGUUUUCAAUGUGCUGGAGCCUCUGGGGGGGAUCCGUGCCUGUACGAUGACGGUUCAUCUGCCCGAGGGGUCGGUGGAUGAGGCUCAGAUACAGGAGUGCCCGCUGCCCACAGCAAAAGGCUGUGAGCAGCUUUUCACUGCCAACAGACAGGGGAGUUUCUGACCUCCGCCACUCUCAGACCAGAGUUGAUAAGACGGGGAAUUUACCAGCAUGAUGUGCCAAAAAGAGGGCUAAACAGGAAAUAGUGUGGGUUGCAAACACAAGUUGCAGGUGCAACCAUGGCUAGCUAGCUAACAUUAGCAUGUCCUUGCAUUACUGUGAGCCAUACUGCUUUUGCUCUGUCACUCUACACUUACAGUGUAUAACAGGAAGCAUGCAUGUAUCACUGCUUCACAGGUCAAAGUUAAAUCAAAUCCAUCUGUUCACUGAAAUGAAAGGAGAGUGAUUUUUGGAGUAAUCACAACUUUAGACACUGUCAUGGAAAUAAUGUGGUUAAAUGAUAAAGCUGGCAUUUUAUCUUUUCAUUAUUCUCAUAAACAUGUAAGAGCUUUUCUGUGACGCACAAGCUGAAAAGAAUAAACUGAACUCUGCGUGUCUCUGUGAGGGAAUUCGUCACACAGAAGCCGCAGUGUGGUUUGUUUAUGAGUUAAUGAAGUUUCUGGAUGAUAAUGGAGUUUUGUGGCUCCAAGUCAUAAGAUGUCAGCUAGACUACAAAGACAGUACGUCUUUAUCACAAGUUGAAACUUGCUCUCCCUCUGUUAAUAAAGUAACUAACACAGAACAUUUUCAUAAUAAAACUAGGUGAGCUCAGCCAAUUUAAGUCCAAGAGACAUGUUUAUAUCACCUCAACAAAUAGUUAAUACAGCCCUCAAUUUACAGGUUUGUUGUAUGAAUCAGGUGAUUCCUACUGGUACUCAAAUAUUUGUACAGUUGCAAAAAAAAGAACAAGUGAGGAACAAGUAUUUUUUAUAAAUGUGGGGUACAGUGCUGAGUAACAAAACUAAACUGAAGUGAAGAAACCCUAUUGUUAUUGUGUUAUUGUGGAAUUAUAAAUAUUAUGUAACAAACCACAUAGCUUGUAGUUUCACUCACUAACAAACAUUAUUACAGUGUGUAGGAGAAAAUACAAAAUAAGCUCAAUUACUCCUAUAUUAUAGUGACUUAUUAUCAUGUCUUCUACUUCAGUGUAUCAUUGUAUGUACAAAAUACUUAAUAAUUUACUUCUCAUUUCCUCUAAAAUGCCCAGUUGUCCACUGUACCUACCUUUAAACACCAGCAGGAAUCAGUCAGUAUUUUAUUGGUAAUUGAUUCAUGCAACAAAUUGAUGUAGAUCACAGGCUGUAUUAUAACAUGAUGCCAACAAAACAGUUUUCAUACCUAAAGACUACAUUGAUUCCCUAAAACAUGAAUGUAAAGCCUGACUUCCCUUAAUGCCCUCCAUAAAGCCUGUGGUUGGUUUGAUACUGAUUCAUUAAAAUGUAAAUGAGGACAACCAAGGAGAAGCCUGUGGAUUUAACUGCUGUACCAUGUUGCUAUAACACAAGCCCAGUCACUUGCUGUCAAGACAUAAUUUGUUAUGUUUUGUAUAUUUAUAUUGAUAUGCAGUGCUUUAAGAUGAAAAUAAAAUGUUUAUUAUGCUCUUCA